CACUCAUACAUAUCCUGGUAUGCAUUGUUUGUAUCCAAUUGUUUCUCAAGUCAUCACCUAACUUCAUGAAGAUACUUCUGUCUCCAUACAUUAUUAGACUUGACUCAACCUAGUACAAAUAAUGCCAAUGGGCUAAAAAACUGAGCACCUGGGCAUGCUCACAGAUUCAUAAAAUAAUAAUGGAGAAAAUAAAAGUUUGUGUUACAGGAGGAUCAGGAUAUCUAGGAUCUUGGUUAGUUAAGAAACUCUUGCAGAAGGGUUACAUUGUUCAUGCAACUCUAAGAAGCUUAGAUGACAAGACGAAAGUAGGCCUUCUGGAAUCUCUGCCAAAUGCGGAUACUGGACUGGUGCUGUUCAAAGCUGAUAUAUAUAAUCCUAGCGAUUUUGAGGCUGCAAUCGAGGGUUGCAGCUAUGUUUUGCAUGUGGCUACUCCAAUGCAACAUAAUACUGAAAGCUCUCUGUUCAAGGAUACAAUUGAAGCUGCCAUUGCUGGAGUAAGAACUAUAGCUGAUUGUUGCCUUAAAUCACAGACUGUGAAGAAGCUCAUAUAUACUUCAUCUGUCAUGGCCUCAUCAUCGUUGAAGGAUGAUGGGAGCGGUUUUGAAUCUUACUGGGACGAAUCUUGUUGGACUACUAUCAACGACAUACCUUUUACUUACUGUAAUGAUUAUUUGCGGGCUUAUACUGUGUCAAAGACCUUAGCAGAUAAAGAAAUUAUAAGCUAUAACACAAUUGAAUCCGACUCUGAUACUGGCCUAGAAGUUGUCAGCUUAGUUUGCGCGUUGGUUGGAGGAGACACACUUCUUUCCUAUGUACCUGCUAGCAUGAAUACGAUUUUAUCACCCCUUCUGGGAGACUCACUUAAUGGCUAUUACAUUUCCCUGCAACACUUGCAAGAGCUUCUAGGUUGUGUGCCACUUGUUCACAUCGAAGAUGUUUGCGAAGCACAUGUUUUCUGCAUGGAGAAGCCUUCCUUGAAAGGAAGAUUUAUAUGUUCAAAUGCAGAUCCAACCGUCAAAGAGAUCACUGAGUUCUUUAAGAGUAAUUACCCCAAUUCAGAGUUCGAAAUUAUAGAAAACAUCAUGGCAGAGAGAGGAAGCAAAUGCACUUCAACAGAGCUCAUAAAACUUGGCUUCGAGUACAAAUUUAACAUGGCAGACAUCUUAGAUGGGAGUGUACGUUGUGGAAAAACUCUAGGAUUUCUCCCAAACAAAUAAGGAGUUGCAAUUUGCCAGAAAAAUUAAAACAAGUCACUUUGAGUGUGACGGAAAUAAUACUAAAAGUUGCAGUUUGAAUACCAGUGAAGAGCAGUAAAUUAAGUUAACUAAACAAUCUCAGUUGAACAUGAAAUAUAUCAGCAUCAAGUUGGGAUGAGAAUAUUUACUAGUGAGAAUUCUCUAGAUCCUCAGCUGCCCAGAAAAUUUUCUGGCAUACUCAAGUUCCUGAGAAAGUCUUCUAGCUAUCCAUUUUGUGUAAAAUUUCGACAAACAUGUUUUAAGGAGGCAAACAUCUCAGAAGGAUGACAAGCAAUACAAUGGAACUGCAUUUUGAUA